AAGUUUAAUUUGUUCUCUGAAGUUUGUUGUUGUGGUUGCUGUUGACGAAAUCACACAUGCGCUGUGGAUACGACGCAGAAGCUAACUUUUUUAGAACUAAGAACUAAGCAUUCCAGAAAAACCACAGAGAAGUACAUCUGUAAAUAACAAAUCGGAAACCAAGAAGCAUUUUAAUUGAAGUAAAAUAUAAGGACUUCGGGGGCUAGGCAGCCUUUACAGACACAGACAGGGAGGAUGUCGAGCACACUGAUCAAGCCCUGCCAGCUGGGCAGGACAGGCAGCUUCUUCAAGCAGCUGAUCAACACCUUUGCCUCGGAGAUUGGAGAGCUGCAGCAGGAGAUGGUGCAGACGGGGGCCCCUGAAACUGCAGACAUGCAGAGCAGCAGCAGCCUGUACCUGCAGGAGAAGGACACAAUGAGCAGUGCCCGAGACUCGGGCUACGACUCUCUGAAGAGGAGACUCAGCAUCCUGGAUCGGCUUAUCCAGGCUCAUCCGGUGUGGCUGCUGCUCACUUUGAGUGACGACGAGGCACACCGAAUCCUGCAGCAACAGCAGCCUGGGAUCUUCCUGGUGAGGAAAUCAGCUAAGCUGCAAAAGAAGGUUAUAUCCCUGCGCCUUGGCACUGAAUUCGGACCCUCCAUCAGAGACUUCCCAAUAAAGGAGAGUCACUGCACCUUUUCUCUGGAAGGAUCUGGUAUCAGUUUUGCGGAUUUGUUUAGACUCAUUGCUUUCUACUGCAUCAGCAGGGACGUCCUACCAUUCACCUUGAGGUUACCAGACGCAAUCACAGCAGCGAAGACACAGGCAGACCUUGAAGAGGUUGCUCAGCUUGGAGUUGAAUUCUGGGACUCUCCUCUUUACAACAAACAACGGAGCCCCCCUGUUCGUCCCGCUGGAACCCUUACUUCAGACAGUGUGUGCAGGCUACAGAGGCAGCAGCAGGUCCCCCCUACCAAGGGCUUGCAUUCCCUGAGGACACACACUCCUUCGGAGCUGGAAUGCAGCCAGAUCAAGGGGGCUUUGUGCUUCAUUAACCCCUUGUUCCUAGAAGUGCACCGUCAGGACGCAGGCAGCAGUAGUGGCAGCUCAGUUAAACGCCUCAAGAACCGAGACUCCAUUUCCCCGGAUCGGUUCCGCUCGCCUCCACCGAGACCCCCUCCGCCUAGGAAAUCCCCACCCCUCAGUGAACACGGCAAGCAAGUUAGCAUGCCAGAAACAGUCACCUCGAUCAAGCAACAGCAAAUAGAGGUAGACAGCUUGGAUGUUGGUCCCACCAAAAAGGCCACCCCAAUCCCUCCACCCCGUCUUAAGAAAUACAUGAGCUUCUCGGAGGGCGAGGGCAGCAGAAAAUCAGAAAUGGGAGACUCUGAUAUCUCAUCUAAAAAACUGUGGGCUGUGGUAGCCAGGAACCUUGGCAGAGCUCCUGAUGUGGAGCCCGUUCUGGCAAGCAGCCACAACGCGAAUGUAAACUGUCUGGCCCCCUGCUUGCAGGACAGACUGAGCGACAUGAGCCUUUCAACGUCCUCCUCAGACUCGCUGGAUUACAACAACAGCCACGAUUACAGGGCUGAUAGCGACCCGGAGAGCAUGGCCCCGCCACUGAAGCCCAAGAAAAAAAAGCGCAGCAGCUCCUUCUUCAUGCCUCGCAUCGUAAAGACCCAGUUCCAGAAAGUCAGCGAGGUGUUUAACUCCUUCAAGACCCCCGAGAAGAGGAUGGUGAAGAGGAUAACAGAGGUCUCGCAGGACAAGCGCACCUACUUCGGCUGCCUGGUGCAGGACUACAUCAGCUUCCUGCAGGAGAACAAGGGCUGCCACAUCUCUGGAGCCGAUAUGCUGCAGACCAUCCGCCAAUUCAUGACACAGGUGAAGAACUACCUGGCACAGAGCUCGGAGCUGGACCCACCCAUUGAGUCUCUCAUCCCAGAAGAAGAAAUCGACGUGGUCCUGGAGAAGGCCAUGCAUAAGUGCAUCCUGAAGCCCCUGAAGAGCCACAUUGAAGCCAGCCUGAAGGACUUCCAAAAAGCCAGUGGCUCCUGGAAACAGCUGGAGGAGAACCUGCAGCUGGCCAAGCAGAAGAAGCCCCAGGAGCUUGGGGUGGACGCGACAGCCCCGGACUCGGUCACCAUCGAGAAGAUCCGCCACAAGUUUGUCACCAUGCAGAAGAUGUACUCGCCUGAGAAGAAGGUGAUGCUGCUCCUGCAGGUCUGCAAGCUCAUCUACACAGUCAUGGAGAACAACUCUGGGAGGAUGUAUGGAGCCGACGACUUCCUUCCCAUGUUGACUUAUGUGCUGGCUCAGUGUAACAUGCCUGAGCUGGACACUGAGAUUGAAUACAUGAUGGAGCUCCUGGAUCCCACACUGCUGCAUGGGGAAGGUGGGUAUUACCUGACCAGUGCCUUUGGAGCCAUGUCUCUGAUCAAAAACUUCCAGGAGGAGCAGGCAGCCAGGCUACUGAGCUCCGAGACCAGGAAUACCCUGCACCAGUGGCACCGCCGGAGGACCACCAACCGGACAGUCCCUACUGUGGACGACUUUCAGAACUACUUGCGGGUGGCCUACCAAGAAGUAAACAAUGGCUGUACAGCCAAGACCCUGGUGGUGAAACCGUAUGUGACCACCGAGGAGCUGUGCGAGUUGUGUGCCGAAAAGUUCAAAGUUCAGGAACCCAGUACCUACGCCCUGUUCCUCGUCAUGGAGGAGACCAGCCAGCAGCUAGCUCCGGACACAUACCCUCAGAAAAUCAAAGCCGAGAUACACAGCAGACCCCUACCACUUCCCUUCCAUUUUGUCUACAAACGUCCCACAAACCUUCAAAUAUUCAUCCCCCCUGGUGAAGAGAACGAAAACACUUUCCUCUAACAAGGAACCAAACUUUUCAAGCACAGCCAGCAUUGCACAAGUUACGUCUUUUGUUUAGUAAUACAAAAUAAUUCUCAAUUUUCCGCAGGCAGGGGAAUUGGCAUGGUGUAUUGGCAAGCCAGAGAAUAUCUUUGGGCUGUUUUUUUUAAAAAUUAUUUUUCAUUUAAGAACUGAUUGUUUGCACUUAGUGGCACCCGGAGAGCGUUUCUGUAAAAUGGAUCAUUCUGGUUGUCGGAUGAGAAAGCCUGGGCUGCUACAAAUGUCAGGAUCACAAGCUGUACACCUAGGGGCAUGGCUGUAGAAGGUGUUAAGUGGUGGAUUGAACCAGUGCCUUCAUUUUGCUUCUUGCCUAAAUGUGUGUGUGACUUGCUGGCAGGAUACAGACAUUGGAUUUAAUGAAGCGUUCUGUAUCAGGACACCAAAACAUUGCUUUCUUUUCUGAUUCUAGAACAAGAACCCUCGACGUUGGGGUUUAGUUGUACUGUUCUGAUGCAGGGGAGACAGGAUUGUGUAUUUUAAGAGAAGAACAAUAAUAGCACUGUUCAAGCUCCUGAAACAUUAUGCCUUAUACUGCUACUAUUUGAUAUAUCCUAUUUGUUUGUAGCCCACAUUUUCCACAAGUGGAAGGAAUUCUGAUGCAGUGCGUCAGGCCAUUUGCAUUUCUGGAUGGGUUCCAUCCUUCAAGACUGUAAACGUGAUGACAUCAUUUUUUUUUUAUAAAUGCCAACUUUUUUAUUAUUGUAAAGUUGUUACAAAUGAUUGCAGUUGCUGGUAAACUGUCUUGGUUAUGGACUUUUAAUGUUAAAAGUUGUUUUUAAAUAUUGAAUAAUAAUUUGCAUGUAACUUGUAACAUUUCUCACAUCUGUAACCCCUUAAAGACCAGGCACAAACUGCAGAUUAAUGUUUGCUAUAGAUCACAAUUCACAGUUUUUAUUAUUUGUCCCUCACAAACAGUAUUUUGAAAAAUCUAAUAUUGUAACAAAAAUAGCAUAAGCAAGUCCACCCUGCAGAGCGUGUAAAGCUUACCCCCAGUCUAAAGCAUACACAACUCAUAACUAGUAAUCACGUACUGUACUUAUACCAUGAGUGUAGACUUAAGAAAACUGAAGCCUGGUCUUUAUAGGGUUAAGCAGAAAUCUCUUGCUGGUCUUAGAACAUACACAUGUAAUAUUGUACACCUCAAUGCAUUGGGACUGAGGUUUUCCAGGUACAGGGUUCUUGAAGGAACUGUAUCUUUGCUGUGCAGAACCUAUAUAGCCUCUUGUGUAAGACACUGGCCUCUCAGACUGAUUAACCUCUGAACCUUUCCAUUUUCCUAAGCAGGGAAUUUACACGUCUGAGUGUUGUAAUUGUACCCUUCAUGUUUACUCCACUGCUUUCCUUGACCUUCCAAACAAAACUACCCCAAAAGCACUCGCUUUCAUUCUGAUGUUUGUUUAAUAACUGCAGUAAAUAUUACUGUAAAAUGUAAACCCAGAAGUUUGAUUUAAUAAAUAAGAAGUGUGACUGGGUUGUUACUAGUUUUGUAACUAGUAUUGCAUUAUGGUGUAAAGACUUUGAGAAAGCUGGUGCCACAUGUUUUUAAGGCAAACACGGGUUAAAUUAAGAAAAACUAAAGCCAAAAAAAUUAAAGCAUAGUGAUAGAAAAACACCUGCAAAAAUGACACGGAAUGACUGACUGACUGUAAACAUCACACAAAGGUAGUGACAAAAACAACACACACAUUUAUAUUCCUGUUUCGUUACAUCACAAAUCUGUAUCACCUGAGUCAUUUGUCUAGCCUGCUCUGAAUUAGUCAUUCAUCGCUUCCUGCAUUUACUUGAGCAAAGAAUACUCCCAAUAAACAAAAGAAAAACAUAAAGCUUAAAACAUUCCAACGUGACAUUCUGACAACUGAGUGUAAGCAGUGCUUUGUGGCAUCAGAAAGAGGGCAAAGCAAUGACAGAUGUAUUUCCUGCUGCUUAGUAAUGAGAAAUAAUGACUAUGGAACACAACAUUUAACAGACAACUGUAUUUUUCCCACUUGUAAACAGUUUUAAAGUUCUCAGGUGAGGUACCAUGGCGAUCAAGGCAAUCACCAAGAAUGUGGUAUUAAUACCACUCAAUUCGUUUAGUGGAGUAGACUGACACUGGUAUAAAAAAUUAAGAGAUUGUCACAUAUGAACACAUGUUCAUGUUUUCUCUAAAUAACAUUCCAAUAAAAACAAUAGUGCUCCACCAAGAUUACAUGACUUGAGGUACAUUAUAAAAAGUACAGUGUUUUCUUUAUUCACAACAAAAUGUGCUAAACUGUUAUUUGAAUCUGGCUCGGAUAUGGUAAAGCAGACAGGUAAGGUAAGAAACAGACUGAGGAAAAUGGAUCAGCUGAAACCAUGAUUAAAAACACUAAGUGUGUAAUUGCAUUUACAAUUAAAACAUAUAGGACAACCUAUUAGAUGUUUAAUGGGAAUGUAAUAUGCCUAGUUUUAGCACAUUGCGUAUGAUAGAAGUUAGUAUUAAAUUAAGUGUUUUGUUUUUAAAAGAUGAAUAUAUAUAUAUAUAUAUAUAUAUAUAUAUAUAUAUAUAUAUAUAUAUAUAUAUAUAUAUUUAUAAAUUAUUAUCUGUGCAGGAUUUUUCACAGAUCAUUUGUAAUUUGUUCUUUAUACACAUUAAAAACAUGGGUUGUUUUUAGUAUUUGUACUAAAAUAUAGUUUCAUUGAGAAGUCCCGGAUCAUUUUGAAUCAGGGUCUGUUUCUUUCUUAUGUCAGAAAUGCGUGGGUUUUAAUACAUGUGGAAGCAUCUGAGUAUUACAAUGGCCUGAGUUGUUCUAUUUGACUCGCUGUGUACAAUUGUAACAAAUUGGGCAUUUCUAUCCUGAGAAGCUUGCCUGAAAACCCUCCUUAGUUUUAUGUGUAUUGUGGUAAACUUCAAAGAUUUGAAUUUUGCACAUAAUGUAAUAAAUUGUUGUAUAACAAA